GUAACCUCCGCAAUUUGCUGGUGGACUUGAUUGGCCUGUGGUAAAUGUAGUCCCCCACAGUUCCCCAGAAAUGCCCUCUUGUUUCCCCGCAGUUUGACCAUGUCCAAAAAGCAUCAUAACUCGAUCGAUGGCACAUAGGGCUAAUUAACCUUGCAUCUAUUAUCAUCCUAGCACAUUACGUUAGAACGUCGGUUUCUAAAUGGCAUGUGACCAGUGCUUCCGGCUCAAGGUACGAUGCGACGCUGCAUCUCCCAGAUGUGCCAACUGCAACAAGCUGCAGGUGGAAUGUACCUAUCUACGGCCAGAUCGCAGGAAGAUUUCAAAAUUGGCAGUCACCAAUUUGGUGGAACGGGUUCGAUUGCUUGAGCAUACAUUACAACAACAUAAUAUACCAAUACCAACAUCUAUACGGAGCUCGAAAACAACCGCAAUUAGUUUUCAAAAUCUCCAUUGUGGCUCCAUUAAUGGCGAUACGCAACCGUUUUCAGAGCCGUUGAUGUACACAAAGGAAAAUGAUGAAACACAACUUGCUCGUGAGCGCGUGCUCAUCGAACGUAUUGACAGGAGCAGUAGCCUCACUCCAGGCCUUGAUCCGGAAAUUGAGCUCCUUGUCAAAAGAACUGGGUCCCUCCAGUUCACCGAUCACGGCCAAUUGAAGUAUUUUGGGGCUACCUCCAACGUUCAUUUCUUAAGAGACACGAUUCCCUUUCAGGUCCGAGCUCCGGAUGCCCCGCCUUCAUCUCAUGAAAAGGACAAAAGUCCAUCGGAGUCGUCACUGUUAGAAUACAUUAGCCCAGCAACUCCUUCGAUACCCAGAGAACUUGAGGACCACUUGAUAAAGCUAUACUUUGCUUGGGAAAAUCCUUAUUUCCGCGUUGUUGACGAAGAUGCUUUCAUGAGUGCCCGGAGGCGAGUACUGUCCAGAUCUAAUCAGGAAGAUGACUUGCCCGGACCAUUCUGUUACUCAGAAUUCCUUGUCAAUGCAAUGUGCUCUUGGGGCGCGCUUUUCACAGACAGAGAACUUCCCGACUUACCAUCCUUACAUGAUUUUUUCAUUUCACAGGCAAGAGAAAAGCUGGAACGCGAUCUAGAUAACCCGACUAUUGCGACUGUGCAAGGUUUAGCCAUGAUGAGUGGUAGCGAAGCGAGUAGAGGGCGAGACUCACGCGGCUGGCUCUACGCAGGAAUGGCAUCACAAGUCGCACAUCACCUGGGUUUACACAUGGAUGUUGGUCAUUAUGUGAGGUCUGGAGAUAUCACUCAGAACGAGGCAACCCUGCGGGAUACCACCUUUUGGGGAACCUAUGUUAUUGAUACUGCAUGGAGCUACUAUCUUGGUCGUUUAGUAAGGCCGGUCGUCAAUGUCAACAGAAAUCCUGCGCAGACACCUUCACAAACUCGAAGUACCCAAUCUCAGUAUUGGGAAAAUUAUACAGAUGACCUAGCGGAUUUACCAAACUAUCGUGGUCAAUACGUGGACCCUGUCGCUUCUAUGUGGAAGCAACAAUUAAAAUUAUGCUUUAUCAUGGAACGAUUUCAGAAUACGCUAUACGAUAAACAGACAAGCUCAAUCGGCCAAUUACGAAUGCACACAUCUGCUGUGACUUGGGCGUUGGAUAAAUGGAUGGAUGAGCUUCCCUCCGAUUUAGCCGUGGACUGCGAUAGCAUAUCAAAUAUUUAUCUGCCGCAUGUAUUGGUCUUACAUGCCCAGUUUCACGAAGCGAUGAUAUUCGCAAACCAUCCAUUUAUUACAGAGCCUAGGACUGGAAACGGGCAUUUCGGACUUCUUUCCCUACAGACCCAAAAGAAAUGUACAGAAUCAGCUAGAAAGAUCAGCCAAAUCAUCCGCAUGUAUGAUCGACUAUGGACCUUGCGGCGGAUGAACAUCCAAUUCAUUCAUCCAAUGUUUACAGCUGCUAUCGUCCAUCUGUAUGUGGCUUGUACGACCAGUAUGCAUCGCCUCGAUCAGUAUAAAUCCGCAAUAUCAGAUCUUCGCACUUGUUGCAAUGCGCUAAGAGACGUUGGCAAAUACAUGGAAAUUGCCGUUUGGCAACUACGAUCGAUUGACCGUAUCCGACAGGUCUGGUAUGAUUUGCUGGAGAAUCAUGCUCACGGGAUGAGCGAUGCACCGAUACUCUCUGAACAACAGCGGCUCCUUUCCCCGUCUUUCAAUGUUGAUAAAGAAUGUGAUCGUUGGACGGCUAUAGAAACUGUGAUUCAAGAGGCUGUCAGUUUGACUAAUACAAAUCUUCUACUCAAAGAGCACAUGACAUGGUAUGAUGCCUGGAUGCAGAUUCAAGAUACCAUUGGCAUGGACCCUUUUUCUGUUGGUUUUGCAUAAUUAUUCUGAUUUAAUUUCUAUUUCAUGUAACGAAUAUUUUAAAAUCCGAUUCCUCGUUACCAUUUGGCUUUAGGAUGACUUGGUUGGGGUUUUUGAAGUGACCAUGUGGCAUAAGCGGCAUACUAUUUGCCGUUUCUCGGCACUCACUGCUAAUCUCAUUUUGAAUAACUGUUUCUUAUAAACUGGUAAAGAUUGCGGGAUCUUACAGAGAAUCUAUACCAGGGUUAAUUUUCUUUUAAAUGCCUUAAAUAAAAAAAAAGCUUCUUAGAUCGGGCAAACUGGUG